AUGGCAGUGGCAGCUUCCACUUCAAUGGCGGCCACCGCCGUGUUGAUGCACCGCCUCCCGGCGACACGGAACGGCGCCGUUUUCUGCCCUCUGCCCCAACGUCCUUCUCUCUCGUCUGCCCCGCUCAAUUUGCAUAAAGAGUCGGGGAGGUCCUCUCAGUUCCCAAUCAAAGCCACAUCAUCUGAUGAGAGCGCUAGUGCUGUUGAUGCCAAUGAAUUGUUCAAUGACCUGAAAGAAAAGUGGGAUGCUGUUGAAAACAAGACAACCGUGAUUAUAUAUGGCGGUGGUGCUAUUGUUGCUGUUUGGCUAGCUUCCGUUGUUGUUGGUGCAGUCAACUCAGUUCCUUUGCUUCCGAAGAUCUUGGAAUUGGUUGGGCUUGGUUACACUGGCUGGUUUGUAUACCGUUACCUUCUCUUUGAGUCGAGUAGAAAAGAAUUGGCAUCGGACAUAGAAGCACUGAAAAAGAAGAUUGCCGAAGCAGAAUAA